CCGCGGCGUCGUGCAGGGAGAAAGUGUUCAGUUAGAGAGCGAGAGUUCGAAUAUAAGACGCGGUCGCGGACCGAGAAAAUCAGUUUAUCACGGGUGUAUCUGAAGACAGCGAUUAGGAUGAGGACGCAGUUCAUCCUAAUAGCUUGCUUGGCAAUAGCGGGAGAAGUAUACGGUACUCAAGUGUACGAGACGCCGAGUGACUCUUUGCAACAACAAUGGCAAUGGCAAAACCAAGACUCGAUCAAAGCCUCGAAUGGAGAACAAGAAAAAUAUCAACCCGUCACAUUCGACACCGCUGACACGCAACAGAAAGAGACGCAAUCGUUGUCGUACAAUGCGAAUAUUCAAUCGGACGCCAGUGGAGUAGCGAAUGUCGUUGGUCAGGAAACGAUUGACACUGUGAUCGACAAUAUUCUCGUAUCUAAUCGGCAAGGUCGCAAUCUAGAGGGAUACGAUGAAAUCUACUCUGAUCCUAAUGUACAAAAUGCUCUGCAGCUUGGCAAUGAUACGAUCGCACGUACUUACAUCAGGGACAAGCUCUGUUCUCUCAGUUUGAUCAACUGCGAAGAUGUGGAAGGACGACGCCCUUACUAUACUCCGCACCGCGAUAUUCAUCCACACGAUGUCAUUUAUGCUCAACCGGUAACUAUCAGGCCGGUAGGCCGUCCACUUCCAGCCAUACCCGUGAAACGACCUUACGGUCCAGCGAAACCUGUGCCGCUACCUCCGAGUUUCGGUUCCCCAUUGGGGCCCAACGUUUAUCCCGGACCCGGACCGAUCGGUAGACCUCCACCUGGCUUCGUCGGGCCUUAUCCUGGAUUCAAGAAACCCGGCCUACCUCCUCCAUUUGUGUCCAAACCUAUAUAUGAGCCUGGCAUCGACGUUGAACCCGAUUUCGAGGACAAGUUUAUCGAUAAAAAACAGAUAGUCCUACAUCAACCGAGUUCCUUAGGUGUUCAGCAACACGUUCAUCAUCAUUACCAUCAUGGAGAUGCCAAUGGCAUCGCGCACAACCCCGCUGUGGUCGCGACAUCCCCUACAUUCGGUAGUAAUGGCCUCGGCAGUUAUGGCUACGGAAACGGCGGUACUUACGGCGCCACAUUCAACGAUUUCGAGGAUUACAAGAAAGCGUUUAAGAUCAAAACGUCCACGAGCAACAACGGUCCGUCGGUCUCGUCUUCGUCCGCGAAGGGCUACGCCGAUCGUUAUCCCACUUACGAAAAGCAGAACGGCAAACAGUUCGGUGGACAACUCGGCGCCAAUAAUCAGUUCCUGGGAAACAAUGGUUACGACGGUGAUUAUCCGCCGUUCAAUAACGGCGCCGACAACAGUUUCGGUUCCGCGUCUCACGAAGAUUGCGUAUGCGUGCCGUACGAUCAAUGUGCGACGGUUAAUCACGUAGGCCGCAAGGAUGAUCUCUACUUGGCUAUCGAUCCGCGCAAUCUCGACAAAGACAUCGAGGCUGAUACUGAGGAGGUGGUGAUCACCGACGGAAAUGGCACAAUGAAUGUCGUGAGGGUGCCCAAGGGAGUGAACGAGACCGAGCAGGCGAAAAAUGAACGGACGAAGGAAAUGGCAGAGAAAGCGGAAGUUACGAAGCGAAGCCGUAGGGAUGUCAAACACAUUACCAAGAAGGACGACAAGCAGGAGAUACAAGCAAGACUGACGGUAGGAACCGGCAAUCUGGACACCUCGAAACUGAACGUGAGGCCGACUUGGGGCGUUAGUUUCGGCCUACCGCAGACCGGUGGUGUCGGUCCGAUCGCGUCCCAUCCUGGUAAUCCCCUGGGAAUCCCGGGGUACGCGCCGAGCUACGGACAGGGCAUAAAUCUAGGCCCGGUCGCCGUGAAUCCGCUCGUAGCGGUGCAGGUCACCAAAGACGAGUACGGCGAGAAGGUCAUCAAGCCUUACGUGAAUCUUCAUGUAACGCCGAAUGCAGGACUUAUUCACAAGCUAGGCCACCUCCUGGCCCACAAGAAAUAUGGACUGUACGGUGGUCAUUACGGCGGUCAUUACGGCGGUCAUUAUGGCAGUCAUUACGGCGCGGGGCAUUACGGCGUUUACGCUCCUCAUUAUCACACGCAUCAUGAGAAACCGAUCUAUCAUUAUCCAUCGAGACCGCCGUUUUAUCCGCCGUCGUACGAUGUUCAUCAACAUCACGAACCGAUCUAUCACAAGCCUCACGGCGGAUACUAUCCCUCCUACAAGGACGAUACCGGCGAUUACGAUGAUUACGAUUAUUCGGACGAUUAUCAGGAUGAUUACUAUAGAAGCGCUCGCGCGAGAAACGCGUCGACGACGAAAGGUAGACAAUUCUCGACAAAGGACUUGUCGAAGGCUUCGCCGCAAGGACUCGCCGGUGAUGAGCGACAGAAGAGCGGAAAGAUUAUCUUUCCGAAUCGAAGGAGACGCGACACGGCGGCGUUUAGCGAAACGACAUCGGAGAGACGAUACGGCCCGCCGACUUGCGGUUCUCAUCACGUCUGCUGCCAGAGAUCGCACAUAAUAGGGGCACGCCCGCGACCCGGUCAAUGCGGAGUUAGGAACACACAGGGCAUCAAUGGCCGUAUCAAGACCCCGGUCUAUGUCGACGGAGACUCCGAAUUCGGUGAAUACCCAUGGCAAGUGGCUAUUCUAAAGAAGGACGCCACGCAAAGCAUCUACAUUUGCGGAGGUACUUUAAUCUCGCCCCGGCACAUCAUCACCGCCGCUCAUUGCGUCAAGACCCACGCCGGUCGUGAUCUUCGCGCACGAUUAGGCGAAUGGGACGUGGGUCAUGACGUUGAAUUCUAUCCCUACAUCGAGCGCAACAUCGUGAGCGUCUUCGUGCAUCCUGAAUUCUACGCCGGCACUCUUGCCAACGACAUCGCUAUUUUGAAGCUGGACCAUGACAUCGAUUUCGGAACGCAUCCUCACAUUAGCGCCGCCUGUUUGCCGGAUAAACACGACGAUUUCACCGGAACAAGAUGUUGGACCACUGGAUGGGGCAAGGACGCCUUCGGCGACUACGGCAAAUUUCAAAAUAUAUUGAAGGAGGUGGACGUACCUGUCGUCAGCAACCAAGUGUGCGAACAGCAGAUGAGACGGACGCGGCUGGGGCCCAGUUUCAACCUCCAUCCGGGCUUCAUCUGCGCCGGCGGCGAGGAGGGCAAGGAUGCCUGCAAGGGCGACGGCGGUGGCCCGAUGGUCUGCGAGCGUCAGGGCCGCUGGCAGUUGACCGGCGUCGUCUCCUGGGGCAUCGGUUGCGGCCAGCCGAACGUGCCUGGCGUCUACGCGCGCGUCUCUCACUAUCUCGACUGGAUCCACCAGAUCAUGAAGGCAAGAGGCGUCGAGUCGCCCGUCGAGCCGAAAUUAAAUCUUCGGUAUAACUUCGAAGGUGGUAGCAUUAAAAAUUAUAGAGUAGCCAAGGAGGGUGAAACUCCAAAUGUGAGACUGGACUAUAAGGUGGAUGAAUCUAGUGUUCUUUUCCCAAAGCUAGAAGAGACAGCAGCCUCGUGAGAUUUUUUUUUACAUUUAACGUUCAUAUGUAGUUGUUAAGAAUAAAUAUUUUAUAUAAAUUAUAUUUUAUAUAAAUUAUUCCUGAGAAGUGAAGCAAUAAAUUACUUGAGAGAAAAACAUAAAAA